UUACUAGUAUAUUAAUCAUUUUACUCUGAUUUAAGAAUGUGAUUAAGAGCAAAAUUGUCACUAGCAGCAAUGUUUACCCAGAAUAGAGGGACUUCUCUGAUACUAAGAGGGGCUUCUCUUAUACUUCGUGACUAUUCCUAUCCUCAUCAUAUAUCCUACUAGGACCUCCUUGAAUUGACUUAUUUGAGGUUAGCUGAUGACAUAGGUUUUGUGAAGUUGUUUCGGAGAAAUUAUAGAAAAAAUUAUGACAUUUUUUAGAAUUUUUUCCAACUUAUUUUCUAGUUUUUUCAAGAUAGUUUAUAAAUACAACCUAUAAUAUAUGCAAAAACAAUUCUAUUUUUGUUUUACUAUAAUAUAGAAAUAACUAAUGCAAGUUUAUAUAUAAACAAUUCAAUUUUAUUGACCUUGUUGUGGUUGGAAAACCUUCGUCCUCAAAAGAGAUAUCUCUUAAGAGAGACAUGAAGCUUUAGCAUAGAGAAUGUUUUGGUCCGAGGAUGCUAGGUUAGAUUUGUUACAAUAAAACGAUGUUAUCUCAGAAAAUAAGGAGCUUGUUGAACUCUGGUACCUCAUAGAUCCUAACACUCUCAAAUUGUUCAAAGGUGUGAGGAUAGGGAAUUUAAAAAGGAAGAUGGUAACUUCAUGUAUUUUCAUGUUUAUGUUACAAGUAGGUUGAGGAGAAAUGCUAUCUUGGCUUUAUAUGUUGGCAAUGUUUGUGUGAAGAGUUAAAAAGGUGCAUUAGGAGGCUGUGAGGUUUUUUACCAAUCACUUCUUAGAACCCUAUAUUGACAUGUAUUUUGGAUGGGAUUACCUUUUGGAAUAUCACUUUUGAGGACCAAAUUGGCUUGGUUUUUCCCUUUCUUGCUGUUAGAGAUUGACUUGGUGGUUGCCCAGUCAGGGGAAUAAAAGUUUGGUUUCAUGUGUGUUUAUUUUGCUUUCACUGAAGUUAUCGAUGCUUCUUAAGGUGAAUGUGGGUGUCAUGUUUAAUCAUUUAUUUGCAUUGACAACAUUACCUCACUCUUUUUCUCUUCUUAUUUUCUUACAUUGAUUCCUAAGGUGGAAUCUCCUUCAUGUUUAGGUGAGUUGUGACCUCUAUUAGAUUGCCUGCAUAAGCUUGUUGUAAAAGUUUUGGCUUCAAAAUUGACUUCGAUUAUGGAUAAGAUAAUUUCUCAUAGUCCGUCGUUCUUCCUAAAAGGUUGUCUUUUGGUGGAUUGAACGUUGAAAUUGUUGAUUUGGUAAGAAAAUCUAAAAAGACUUGCCUUAUUUUUAAAGUUGAUUUCAUAAAAGUUUAUGACUUUGUUAGUUGGAGUUUCCUUUACUAUAUGUUGAUGAGAUUUACUUUUUUGUUAAAAAUGGCAUUUUUGGAUUCGUGUCUGUUUUCACAAAGAAACUGGCUAUCCUAGUCAAUAGUUGUUUCGCUCAAAGAGAUCAAUAUUUAGAGAGGUUUCAAGAACAGGGGGUCUUUAGUCUUGUUUAUGUUGCUAGAAAACAAUUUGGGUGGUGUGUGUUCGUAGGGUUGUAGACUUUGGUCUUUUUUUUUUCCCUUGUGUUUAAGGUGAAAACCUCAUGCUUUAAUGGUUUUCCAUCUUCAAUGCAUUAUACUCUGAUUUUUUGGAGAAGCAUAUGUUGACAAUAUUUACGCCAUUAAAUAUAUUCUUAGGGUUUUUUAGCUUGCUUUUGGGCUUUGAGUAAUUUUUUAAAAAAACAUCUUAAUCGGGGUUAGUGUGGCCUUACUGUUUUUGGUUAUGACCUAAGGUUUUAUUUUUUGCAAACAAGGGUUUAUCCCUUUCAAAUAUCUAGGGCUUCCGAUUGACGCUAUUCCCCACUAAGAGUCAACCUGAAAGCCUAUGAUUAAUUUUAUCUCUAUAAGACUUUACUCUCCGGGCAACAAGUAUGUCAACUUGAGUGGUCGAUUGGUCCUUUUAAAUAUUGUCCUCAAUUCUAUUUCCAUUUUCUUCCUUUUUUUUUCUUCAAAAUUCAUGUCAAGGUUUGGAAGAGUUCGGUGAGACUUUAGGGGCGUUUCCUUUGGGGAAACAAUGGAAAUUUUAAAAUUCCCUAAGGUGUCUCGAGAGGGGGUGUGUAAGCCUAUGAGUGAUAGGGUUUUGAAUAUUAGAGAUCUAUGUAUGGUUAAUUUGGUUCUUCUUGGUAAGUGAAGAUGAAGGUUGUUUUAUAGUGAAGGACUCUGGUUUCAAAUUCUUCUUGCUAAACAUGGAUUAGGUAGUUCGAUCUAUUGUCACGGGUAGAUCGUUUGGGUCAAAUCCACCUCCCACGCGAUGGAAAGGAAUUUCCCUUCUUGGUUAAGACCUUCAAGAUACUGCCGACUUGUUCAUUAAGGGGUUUAUAGAGGAAUGUGAUUAAUGGGUUUUUCACCUUUAUUGGGAUGACCCUUGGCAAGACCAUAUUUUCUUAAGCAUUCGCUUUCCAAGGCUACUCUGGUAUUGACUCAGUGUACAUGAAAAAUUGGUCAUUUGGGAAGCCCUAUUAACAGGGUUUGGACUAGGAACUUAAGGUGAAUGAGGGAUAUGUUUGUUUGAGAACUUGAGCUUUUAGGAAAUAUAUUAUCUUAUUCAGAGAAUUUUAGUUGCUUGUUAGAUGAGGAUAUUUGAUGUUGGUUUCCUCAAUAAGAAUGAUAUGUAUUAUGUUAAAGUGACUUAUAUCCAUUGUUACGCAUGUCUCUGCAUGAGGAUGACGUGGUUCUAUGAGAUGUGCAGGUAACUAUGACUAUGAUUUUGAUGAUGAUAAAACAAUACAGCUAAAAUAAUCAAGAGCAUAAAUAAGGAAGAAACAAAUUUAAGUUUAUCAAAAUGAAAAACUAAGAAAGUUUUGAUGAUGAGAGCAAAGAUAGUGAAUGCAAAUAUCAACAUCAAAUGAACUGAAUUCUAUGAAAGUUUACUUGAUUCUACGCCUUAGAGUAAUUUUAUCUAUUUAUAAUCAAUAGUGUGUAAUUAAGUUUGAGUAACUCUCAAGGUACUAAAAUAAUGCGUGCACACACAUAAUGAUUUUACAAGCUUCUAUUUAAAAAUUUUCUUUAAAAUUAUUUAUGGUCUUUAUUUAAUCGAUUAAGAAGUGUCCUUACCAAUAAGGAAAGUAAAAAUUGAUUAGAAAUUGCAUCUAAUCAAUUACGAAGUGUGUUCGCUCCCUAAUCGAUUAGAAACCUUUUGACUGAUUAUUCUUUAAAACUGAUUGGUUUUCUCCCUAAUUAAGUUAGGUCUAAUCGGUUAGCACUAUAAGCCAAUCAAUUAGAGAGUGACAUCGGUCAAUGGAUUAUUUGUUUUCUUGAAAAAAAAAUUCUUCUAUAUAAUGGAGUCUUUAGGGACUUUUCUAAUCACGAAAAUCUAAUUUUAAACUCUUUUUUCUCUCUUUAUAUAAAUUAUUUUUAUAUAUUUGUCAUUAUCUUACUGUCGAGAGAACAAAAAACAUAAAAUAAGAAUUGUGUAAUUUAAUAUUUGUUAAGAUCGUGUUGUAAUGGUAAAUCAAGAGUUCAAUUCUCUUUUGAUAUUAUAAUAGAUAUAAAUGUUGCAUAAGUAAAAGUUUGGUGUAAGGAAUUUGUUGGGUUGAUCCAAAAUUCAAGUUGUCAGUCAAACGGUCAAUAGAAAAUUCUUCUGUUAUUUUUUUACCCUUUAAUUUUUACUCCUUCAAUUCUAUAUUAUAUGUCAAUUUUACUUUUUAAAUUUAUUAAUUAUUCAAUGUAUUUAAAAAAAUAAAAUUUGUGCAGUAGUAUUUCAUUUUUUAAAAAUUGAUCAGCUAAUAUCAAAAUUUUCAAAAAUCUACGUAAAACAAUUCCCUCCGCUGUUGCGUUCUGUCAUACUGAAAUAGGGCCUAUUUCUACCUACAUCGAAGACUCCUUCGUUACAUUUGCCUUGCAAGGUUAGAGUAGUAGCAAAACUUUCAGCGCCAGAUGAAUUUCCAAUCAAAAAAACGUAUAAUUCCUCACUCCCUUUCCAUUAUCCUGCAAUUAUAGCAAACCCUCAUUCAUAAAUUAACCAUCAAUGGCAACGAUUUUCAUAAGAGAACUCGAAAACCGUUACAUAACCCCAUUGAAAAACUGCUCCAACAUAACCAAUCUCAAGAAAAUUCACGCUCACAUCAUCAAGCUCUCACUUUCACAAAGCAACUUUUUGGUCACAAAAAUGAUCGAUUCAUGCGACAACAUUGGCCACAUUGGUUACGCUACUUCUCUCUUUCAACAACUCGUUCACCCAAACAUCUUCUCAUACAAUGCCAUAAUCAGAACUCACACCCACAAUCGCCACCAUUCUUUAGCAAUUACUUUCUUCAUACAAAUGCUUGCACGUUCAAGUAAAUCAGUUUUUCCAGACAAAUUUACGUUCCCGUUUGUGAUCAAAUCGUGUGCGGGGAUUAUGUGUGGAAGUCUUGGUAUGCAAGUUCAUGGGCUGGUUUUUAAAUUUGGGGUUGAUUCGGGUAAUAUAACGGGGAAUGCGUUGGUUGAUAUGUAUACGAAAUGUGGGGAUUUGAAUUUGAUUAACGCGUGCAAGGUGUUUGAGGAAAUGGGUCAUAGAGAUGUGAUUUCUUGGAAUAGUUUGAUAUUUGGGUAUGUGAGAUUGGGGCAGAUGAAGAGUGCAAGGGAAUUGUUUGAUGAGAUGCCUGUUAGGACAAUUGUUUCUUGGACGACUAUGGUAACUGGGUAUGCUAGAGCAGGUUGUUAUGCGGAGGCGUUGGGUGUUUUUCGGGAGAUGCAAAUGGUGGGGAUUGACCCUGAUGAGAUUAGUAUUAUAGCUGUUUUGCCGGCUUGUGCGCACCUUGGAGCUCUUGAGGUUGGGAAAUGGAUUCAUAUGUAUGCUGAUAAAAACGGGUUUUUGCAGAAGAGUGAAAUAUGUAAUGCAUUGGUUGAAAUGUAUGCGAAGUGUGGUUGCAUUGAUGAAGCUUGGAGUUUGUUUGAUCAGUUGGUUGAGAAGGAUGUGAUUUCUUGGAGUACAAUGAUUGGAGGGUUAGCUAAUCAUGGAAAAGGUUAUGCGGCAAUUCAACUCUUUGAAGAAAUGCGGAAAGUGAGAGUUGCUCCUAAUGAGAUAACCUUUCUUGGUGUUUUGUUGGCUUGCUCUCAUGCUGGCUUGUGGGACGAGGGGUUGAAAUAUUUUGAUGUUAUGAGGGAGGAUUAUGGAAUGGAACCAGAAAUUGAGCACUAUGGGUGCCUUGUUGAUCUUCUUGGACGCUCGGGACGCCUUGGUCAGGCUCUUGACACAAUAUUGAAGAUGUCAAUAAAGCCGGAUUCAAGGAUAUGGAACUCUUUGUUAAGCUCAUGUAGGAUUCAUCGCAAUCUUGAGAUUGCUGUCAUUGCAAUGCAACAGCUCAUGGAGCUCGAGCCUGAGGAAUCUGGUAACUAUGUUUUGCUUGCAAACAUAUAUGCAGAGCUUGGCAUGUGGGAGGAUGUAUCAAAUAUUAGGAAACUCAUAAGAAACAAGAGGAUAAAAAAAACCCCGGGGAGUAGUUCGAUUGACGUUAACAAUGUGGUUCAAGAAUUUGUAUCAGCCGACGACUCAAAGCCAUUUUCACAAGAGAUCUUUCGGAUUCUAGAAGAGCUGGCUUUACACCAAACUAGAACCAAUGACUUGAUGGAACUUGUCGAAGAAGAUGCUGAUACAUGUUCACCGUAAAUUGUGACAGUGCUUGUGUCAUUCAGCAUUAUGCCAGUGCUAUUGGUAGCUUUGGUUGAGUUUGGGAAUGUUGGGACUGCCAAACCAGAUACUGAUAUAUUGCUAACGAGCUGUGUGCAGAUCCAAAGUUCAAUUGAUUACGAGAAUCACAUAUGCAUUAGGCUUCAUCGGAUGAAACACAAUUCAGGUGCCUUCAAAAGUCUAGUGCUAUUGAGCUGAUUGAUUUUGGCAGUGCUGCAUCUGCAAAUCAGAACCACAGUUUAUUGUUUCUACAAGCCAUUGCAGAGACCCUUAUUCUUAGGGAUGCAGAGUUUUUUUUCUUUUCAAGUGGGGAUCAUG